AUGCAUUAUGCUGUUUUAAUACUGGUGGCCCUGGCGCUGGUCGUUAACGAAGCAAUGUCCUGGGAGAUUGAGAAAUCGGCGCUAAUUGCAAGGCCAGCGGCCGCGGGUUUCGUCCCGCACCAGCAGUCGACCAACACUCCGGCCACGAGGCGUGACCUGCAAUACAAACGCCACUCCAGGAAUCCCAGGACGAUCGUCGGAGAUGCGAGCACGCUCUACAAGAAGCGAAUUCUCCCUGGCCAAAUAAAUGAUCUGGAUUCGAGAGAUGAAGACGGCUUGUACUAUGGACGUGACACAUUCCAAGCACCCAAGAUCGUCUACGUGAACACAAGAUUGCCGGAACCAUUUGCUCGACCCGAACAGCGUGAGCGAAUUCGAGUCUUUGGAUUCAAUAGUUUCCCUAUCAAGGAUAGAACUUUGAUGCGCCCAAGCAGCUUUAAAUUCGUAAAUAAUGCUGCACAGGAUUCUAAAAUCGAAGCGAGGCAGACGGAAAAGCCACAAACAAAUGAGAACAUUCCAGUGAUAUCACAACAGCUGGUGGCGAUGAUCGCGGACGAUUUGCGAGACGAGUCUAGCCGAGGUUACGCGCUUUACCACCGGAUUAUCAAUGAGGAGGAUGGUAACUUGUCAACGAGCUUCAAAGAGAACUCGGUGUCCGACGACAAUCCUUCCGCACCUCACAAGUCCAAAAACUUGGACGACGAGCUUCCAGCAGAUUGGGAUGUCAACGAAGCUCAACCAGAUGACAGCAGAGAUUUCUCUCUGGUUGGGGUAUCGGAAGGGGCGACGGCGUCAAGCAGAGAAUCAUCGGAAUUGGAUGACAGCAAGUACGAGUUCGGCUACAGAGUGAUCGAUCAAGCGGCAGGCAGCGACUACGGCCACGAGGAGAGCCAUCGUCCAGAGGGUGGAGUGACGAAUGGCCGCUAUCAUGUACGCCUACCCGAUGGCCGCGUCCAACGAGUCGAGUACUCGGCCGACCAUCGCGGUUAUCAUGCCCAAGUCUCCUAUCUGCCCGGACAAUGAUGCCAAUGACGCAAGCAUCACGCGCGUACCUAUGCACUCGUGCUCGAGCUCGCGCCCGACUAUAAUGUCUCCGAGUAGCGAAAAUUUCUCGAUCCUCGUCAGCGCGCCCGUUGAAAUUGUCUCGCAGCUCCCGUCGUCUCGGUUGAUUUUAAUUGAAUUCUACACAAAGUCGCGAUGAUGCUGGAUCAAAUGAAAAUUCGCUCGGGAAUAAUAAUAAGCUAAGGCGUGUAACUGAGAUGAUGGAAAUUAAUUUUGUACGUGUAGCGAGGACGCGCACGCGCACGUUUUGGAAUUAUCCGCGUGACGCAGCUAGUGGCAACGUGUAGG